CAGCCGGGCACUCAUUGCACCUUCCUGCCACCCUGGGCAGUGUCUGGGCCCUCAGCUCCCCCCUCCCUCCACCCACCCCCUCACACCCACCACCACCAGCCCACGGGAUACCCAGCCCAGGCGGAGGAAACACCGAGCCUAGAGACAUGGGAGCUGGAGGAGCAUUCCACCUGCUGCUCGUGUGCCUGAGCCCAGCACUGCUGUCUGCUGUGCGGAUCAAUGGGGAUGGACAGGAGGUCCUGUACCUGGCGGAAGGUGAUAAUGUGAGGCUGGGCUGCCCCUAUGUCCUGGACCCUGAGGACUAUGGUCCCAAUGGGCUGGAUAUCGAGUGGAUGCAGGUCAACUCAGACCCCGCCCACCACCGGGAGAACGUGUUCCUUAGUUACCAGGACAAGAGGAUCAACCAUGGCAACCUUCCCCAUCUGCAGCAGAGGGUCCGCUUUGCAGCCUCGGACCCGAGCCAGUACGAUGCCUCCAUCAACCUCAUGAACCUGCAGGUAUCUGAUACGGCCACCUAUGAAUGCCGGGUGAAGAAGACCACCAUGGCCACCCGGAAGGUCAUUGUCACUGUCCAAGCAAGACCCGCAGUGCCCGUGUGCUGGACUGAAGGCCAGAUGACAUAUGGCAACGACGUGGUGCUGAAGUGCUAUGCCAAUGCGGGCUCCCAGCCCCUCUCCUACAAGUGGGCCAAGAUCAGUGGGCACCAUUACCCCUAUCGAGCUGGGUCUUACAUCUCCCAGCACAGCUACCACUCCGAGGUGUCCUACCAGGAGUCCUUCUUCAGCUCCAUGAACCAAGGCCUGAACAAUGGGGACCUGGUGUUGAAGGAUAUCUCCAAAGCGGAUGAUGGGCUGUAUCAGUGCACAGUGGCCAACAACGUGGGCUACAGUGUUUGCGUGGUGGAGGUGAAGGUCUCAGACAACCGGCGUGUAGGCUUGAUCAUCGGCGCGGUGCUGGGCUCUCUGCUGGCGCUGGGCUGCCUGGCCGUAGGCAUCUGGGGGCUCGUCUGCUGCUGCUGCGGGGGCUCCGGGGGCGGCGCCCGCGGUGCCUUCGGCUACAGCAACGGCGGCGGGGUCGGCGGAGGGGCCUGCGGCGACUUGGCUAGUGAGAUCAGAGAGGACGCCGUGGCGCCCGGGUGCAAGGCCAGCGGGUGCGGCAGCCGCGUCACCCACCUUCUGGGGUACCCGACGCAGAACGUCAGCCGCUCCUUGCGCCGCAAGUACGCGCCUCCGCCCUGCGGUGGCCCCGAGGACGUGGCCCUGGCGCCCUGCACCACCGCCGCCGCCUGCGAAGCGGGCCCCUCCCCGGUCUACGUCAAGGUCAAGAGCGCGGAGCCGGCCGACUCUGCCGAGGGGCUGGCGCAAUGCAACAACGGUCUCCUGGUGUGAGCGCGCCGCCGGGCUGCGCCCCGGCCGGGAGGAGGGCGCGGGGCCCUCUGCCCGCAGCAGGGGACACGUCGGGGCUGGUGCCGACCUCGCUCGCCCCAGGCCGCCAGGCGGCUGGGGGUGAAGGCAUUUCCCUAAGGAAAUGCGUCGGGAGGCAGAGCCUCCUCCCCACAAGUGGGAGGGGGCGGGCGAGGGCGCAGGAAGGCGAUCUCGAACCUUCUCCGCCUCCCCGGUGCCGAAGGCUCUGGGGAGAGGGAGGGAGGAGGAGGAGGCCGAGUCAGUGUCCUAGAGAGGCUGAGGCCGGAGGCCCGGUGUCCCCAGCCUAAGCAGAGGGCCCCGGGGGCCGGGUGGGUGGGGGUCCGUCUGGACGAAUUGUUCUGUGUGUGAGGUCUGAGCUCUGAGGCUGCAGUGUUGGCACAAUAAAGAAACAUUGAGACGUGAGUCCGAAGUGGCUGUCCGCGUUCCACGGAGGUUGGGCACCGGGGUCGGGGGGAGCGGGUCCUGCCCAGGGCCGGGGAGGGUUGCUUCUGUCGCUCCGCCCCAUCACCGCCCCUCUCCUCCCUCCUUCUGCUUGGAUCUCUGGCAGUCAGAGCUGGAAGGAUCCAUCCAAUGCUAUUCCUUUCAACAACAUACAAAGUGCGCAGAUAAGGAAAACAGAAAAAAAGAAUGAGGAAUAUCUAUGACCGCAAAAUCAGCGAUCAUAGAUAUUUGAGAACUGGCAAAGUGCAAUAGACUUGCCAUUUCUAAAUAUUCAAAUUUUUCACGUGUCAAUGUUGUCUGUUGAGAAAAAUGUGCUCUGAAGGUCUAGGGAGGCAUUGUAUGUUGUUGAAAGCUGAAAGGAAACUUGUCCUUGGAUCACAGAAGGCACAGGCACUCCGGGAGAUAGAAACAAGGACAUGUGAAAAUAAGACACCACCUCUUAGAUUAGAAAAAACGAAGUGCCACAGUUCUAGGGCGCUGGGUGAAGUGCAGGAAGGAGGGGAAUCAUGUUGAUAUAGCUUAUGUUAUGGAACUCGGAGAGUAUGGUAACUCCCUUCACCUGGAUGCUGCUGGGGGUUUACAACAGCUAAUUUAUGGCUUUUCUUUUCUUCACUUGUCUACAGUUGGUCAAUUUGCGCAGAGCCCAUUCCACAGGGAUGUUUGAGAAAUACCAAGUGAAUGAAUGAAUGCGGCAGCAUUACUUUAUAUUGGAAAAAAAAGUUUUUAGACAUUUUACAGUUACUGCCUUAUGAUGGAUUAUUCUGUGGUUAGAAUCUAGGCCUAUCAGAGAUCUAGCUCCAUACUCUUACACCCUGAAGUAGUCAGCCAUUCCUGGAUAGGGAUUAACAGAGCUGUUUAGUAUCUACUAGCACUUGUUAAACACCUUGUUAUAUUUGGUGUGUAUUCUGGGGGAUGUUUUAGUCAUUUUCGGUUAAAAGGUGGAAACCAGUAAGCACUGUUUGAGUUAAUAGGUGUGAGAAGUCCUCUCUGGUUUAGUGAGAUGGGUGCUUCGGUAGCAAAAAUAUAUUUGAAAGGAUACAGUUCCUGAAAUCAGCAGUUUCCUAUCUGCUAGGAGACGUGUAUCAGGAAAUGUAGUGUGGGUUCCAUUAUUUCCACGCUAAAACUUGGAUGUGUUACCUUACCACUUUGGUCCCUUGUUUCAGGGAUGUUAGAACUUAGCUUAGCCCUCCCUCAGAAUCCUUUGGGACUUUGUGCUUCAUCUGUUUGGCCUGCCUUGAUUUUAUUUGGUCAUCCUUCUUGAUUCUUUCAUGCUAUUUGUUUACACUUAACUCUGGAAUAUUUUGGUGGAUGUUUUCAAUGUACUUUAGGUCUUUAAGUUGGUUUAUAAUGAAUUAUUGAUAAGGAUAGCAAGCUGUUGACAUUAUAUUUGUCUGUAAUAACAUUGGAAUAUUUCCAUUUCAGUUUGUUGGGCAGUUUGCCUGUGGAAAUAUAAGAUGUUAUAUUUAGUUCUACCAAAACCAGGAUCUCAAUAUUAUUCUUUUGGCAGCUUG